AUGACUCCAUAUCUGCACACCACCCACACCUCCACAAAGAGCCCCAGCACCCCCCACAGCACCUACGCACCCCUCCCACGGCCGCUGUCGACCACCCCUUCCUCCUCUUCCCACCGCUCCCACUCUUCCGAGGCGCCCACCACCCCUCCCCAGAACCCCAACUCUCUCAUCCGUAUCCCUUCCCGUCAACACCUCGCCCAAGCCCAUCUCGACGCCUACCCCCCUCCCCCUCCCUCUGCUUCAUCUUCAUCUCCAUCUUCCUCACGCCGCAGCGGUGGAGGAGGUGGAGGUGGGCAGCAGCAAGCGACAAGGCACGUACCCAAACCCGCCCCGGAGCGGGUAUGGAUGGACACCAAGUGGAUCCGGGAACAUCCGAACCCAAAGUCGGCGGGGGAGGUGAGAAAGUAUUAUGCGGGGGUUGGUGGGGGGUGGACGGGGGGCGUUUGGCCGGGGGGUGGUGGGAUGGGAAUGGGGAGGGGGGUGGGGAGGGGGGUGUAUCCGGUGUAUCCUGAGGCGGUGGGGAGGGGAGGGAUAUAUCCUGGUGUGGGGUUUGUUGGGGGGUAUGGGGUGGGUAGGACGGCUUAUACUAUGCCUUGGUACCAUGGGUAG